AUGUCACGUACAAACAAUGGCCUGCCACGGCCUGUGGGUCAUUCUCUGGCUGACGCUCUACAUAUGAAAUUGAGCAAUCUCUCCAGGCUAGAUGUUGGCCUGCAGCACAAACACAGAAGGGAUCCUUCAGAUCCAAGCCCAUUGACCGCAGGAACCGAUCAGUCAGAUCUCUCGAAGGGAUCAAGAACAUCCAUGGAGUCAUACAGAACAGAGGCCACUGAUGCUGUACUCACCCCAACUCCUUUCCGAUCGAGAGCGAGCACAACCACCGAGCUGUGGCAGCCCGACGAUCAGCAGAUGGUAGCACCAAAUUUCGUGCCUUGCAAGCCGCCAAUACGAGUUAUACUAGGAACAGCAUCCGUCGGCUCCAAGAAAUCUCCUCUCGCAAAGAUAACCACCAUAGAAUCGCUUAGCAAAUUCCUGUCUACCUUCCGCAAAAGAGGCUACAACGAUAUUGACACCGCGAGAGCUUAUCCAGUUGGUCGAGGUGGUACCUGCGAGCAGUUACUAGGCGAGAAGGAGCUCAAGUUGCAGACAUGGGCCAACACAUCCAGCAAAGUCUCGAGCUUCAUGCCUGGUAGUCACCGACCGAAGAACAUCAACGAAAGCAUAAAGAAAUCCCUUGAGGCACUAGGUGCUGAGGAGGACGGCAUCGAUAUCAUGUAUUUACAUGCACCAGAUCGAGCAACCCCAUUCUCAGAAACAUGUGAAGCGAUGCACGAAGCAUGGCUAGAAGGAAAAUUCGCUCGUUUCGGUCUGUCCAACUAUACUGUCGAACAGGUCGAGGAAAUAGGCCAAUACAAUCCAAUCUGUCGUGGUGCUGAGGAAAAGUUGUUUGAGGUUCUUCGAAAGCAUAACAUCGCCUUCUAUGCUUACAGUCCUUCAGCAUGCGGCUUCUUCUCCAACAAAGUCACUCGUGCCUCAGCCAAAGACUCAGACAGUAGGUGGAACAUCGCAUCACCACUGGGUGCCAAGUAUGCUGGCGACUACUUCCACGACCCCCUCUUUGCUGCGGCUGAGACCGUUCGUAUGCAAGCUAAGCAGUACGGCAUUUCAGGUCAUGCUGCAGCGCUUCGAUGGACAACAUGGCACUCGAAGCUCGAUGCUGCUUGUGGUGAUGCUGUCAUCAUUGGUGCAUCCAGACUCGAACAACUCGAAGAGAAUUUGAACAUCCUUGAACAAGGUCCUCUGCCGGAAGGUCUUGUCCAAGUCAUGAACAAGAUGUGGGAAGAGGUCAAAAUGAUGGAGAAGGGCCCUCGAUUUUCAUUUGUCUAA